AUGGCUCCAAGAACACCAAAACGCCGCACCGUUCAGCAUUUCACGCAUACUCAUCCACUAACCGAGUUUAACAGCGUCGGUGACUUCAUCUGCGACGGCUGCAAAACCUACGGCUCAGGCAAAACCUAUCGAUGUGAACCAUGCAACUACGACCUCCACGAUUACUGCGCCACGUGUCCCCUCACCCUACCAACCUUCCUUCAUCCCAAGCACGAACUUAACCUCGUCGUCCGUAAACAACAGUCCACGCGCCAGAUCGAACGUGCUUGCGACAUAUGCAACGAGUCGGUGGAAGGGUUGUUCUAUAGAUGCAAGCUAUGUGAGUUUGACGUGCACCCUCUCUGCACGCAGCUUCCUCAGCACGUGAGGCACGUGCUUCACCCUGCUCAUCACUUGGAGUUUCGCCUCGGAGGAGAUAGCCCGUGCAUGGUGUGUUACAACCCGUGUCAAGCUUGGAGGUAUAGGUGUGAGUUAUGUAAGUUUGAUAUUCAUAUGGAGUGUGUAUUAGCUGUGUGCAACACGUCACCUCCUGACAAGACCGGAGCAUCGGACACUAAGAGUAAAGGGUUCAAUCCACAAGGAGGACAAGGACAACCAUCAUGGUCGGGGCAGUGGCAACAACCGCAUAUGGGUUACCCGUAUGGGUAUGUACCGAUGGGUCAACCACCACAUUUUGGUUACCCUUAUAAUGGGUUUGGACAUAUGGGUCAACAACCUUAUCAUCCUCAAAAUUUUAAUAACUUUAGCAACGGGUUCAAUACGAAUUCAGGUCAAGUACCAGCGGCCGGAGCAGAUCAAAAACCGCCUCCAGGUAAGGGAUGGAAGAUGUUUACUAUUGCAUCGAAGCUAACACUUGGGGUUGUUUCUAAUGCAUUGUUUGGGUUUUCCAUUGAAAGUCUCUUUGCGUGAGUUUUGAAUUUUUUUACUAAGAAAAAACGCAAAAAUAAUGUAAUAUUUUCUUUCCUUUUCAUUAAAUAAAGUUGUUAGCCGAUGUGAAACAUUCAAUUUUGU